CAAUAUGAUCACCCAGAAAGAAAAGCAACCGUUUGCUGACUUUGAAACAGCACUUCGAACACAGCUUGCUUACUGUGAAUAUGAAUGUUCAGCGUGUCAUGCAUCAUAUGCAGAUCGGAUGUUGCGGGACAAAAUAAUAAUCGGUGUUCAAGAUAAAAAACUACAGCUCAAAUUAUUAGAUGGGAAGGAUGAUCCGUUAUCGAAAAUUGUGGAGACUUGCAAAAUUUUUGAAGCGGCCGCAGAGAACAAGCAAUUGCUCGACCAGAAAGUUGGGUACAGCGAUGUGCAUGCGGUUAUAGAAUCAUCAUCCAAGGAAAUUAAUGAAGUCGCGGUUAUCAAAGCUGCUGCUUGUUAUAACUGUGGUCAACCGUACAGCGUACGUCACCGUCGUUACUGCCCAGCCAUUAAUAUUAAUUGUGACUUAUGUGGACGUCUCGGACACUUCAAGAAAUUUUGCAGAGCGGCGAAAACGGGUAAGAGCCAAGAUAACCGAGGAAAGCCUGGUACGUCAAAGCAAGUUUUAACCAGUAAAGCCGUCCACAGUGUGAACUGGAAGAAUGCAGAAUAAAUUCAAACAUGUUGUCAGGUGAGGUGGCACGCGUCAAAUGGACCAAACGGUAUGGUAUCAGAGAUCAGUUAGUUGUUUUUAAAAUCGAUACUGGUGCUGAUGUUAACUGCAUUCCGUUAAAUAUUGUUGUUGGGU